AUGGAUGUCAGGUGUUUGGAUCGCCCACCUGGGCACAAUUAUAUAAUCUCCUCCGAGUAUGUAAAAGGGCGGCAGCCAAGAACGACGGGGCAGAAGGAGGUGGAGAACCAGCAGUGGAUGCAGCGCGGAAGAGACAGAGAAAGAGGGAGCAGCGAAGAGAAGCUGAAAAGCGACCCAACGUGGACUGAAGUUGUCACAGGAGCCACAUCUGGAAUAGGUAAAGCUUAUGCCUUAGAGUUGGCACAAAGAGGCCUGAAUGUCGUUUUAGUGAGCAGAUGUGACGAGAAGCUUCGACAGGUGGCCAAAGAGAUUGAGGGUCAGUAUGGACAAAAAACUUGCACCAUUCGAGUGGACUUCACACACAAACACAACAUUUAUCCUUUCAUUGCCAAACAACUACAAGACAUGGACAUCGGAAUACUAGUAAACAACGUGGCAAUGUCCUACUCUGAUGAUUUCGCCUCAUUCCUCGAAAUUCCAAAUGCUGAGCAGAAAAUCACUGAGGUCAUCAACUGUAACACACUUUCUGUGGCUCAGACCACAAGGUUAGUUCUUCCUGGCAUGCUUAAAAAAAACAAAGGCUUGAUCAUAAAUAUUUCCUCCCAAGUGGGGAUCCAUGCACAGCCUUUGUUGGCCCUUUACUCCGCUACUAAGGCGUUUGUGAUUUAUUUCUCCCAGUGUCUGCAUGCUGAGUACAAGUCAAAGGGGAUUACUGUGCAGUGUGUUAUGCCCUUCCUGGUGUCCACCAACAUGAACAAAAUGAAAAGCAGCUGCUGGGUGAAGAGUGCAGCGUCUUACGCCCGAGAGGCCUUGAACACAGUCGGCUACUCCAACUACACCAGUGGUUGUCUUGUACACGCAAUGCAGAGUUUUGCUUUUGGACUUCUUAUGCCCGACUGGCUCCGCUUGUCCUCGGCCUUUGUGGCAAAGUUGCACCAUGCUGCUCAGAAGAGAAAAGCCCACAGAGGAGCAGGCAAGGAUGAUUGUACACUGGAAGGAAUGGAGGACUAACUAAUGGUCACUCGUCUGCAACAAAAAACACAUUACUUAUUUAAGAUGAAUGACUUUGAGGAUCCUUUUACUGUAUUCUAAUUACGAGAUACAAUCCUCCUGAGGCCCAGCAAUGCUUUUUCUCAAAGACAAGCC